UUCACAAAUGGUAACUCACUUAAAUAAUGCGAUGUUUAUAUAGUUUACUCAGAGUAGCUAUGCGAUGUUUCACGACUGUCAAUCCAAAGCAGCACACGUGUUUGAGUAAAUAACACUAGCAUCAUAAGUAAUAGCAUAAAAACACAAUAAUGUUUCGUAACAGUUUAACCAGUUUGGUUCGUCAGUCAGGAUAUACCAACGUCGUUGCCAGAAAUUUGUACUCGGCCUCGGUGCUAGGCUUAGAUGGAUACAAAAAUUACAGAGAAAAAACUAAAACGCAGUAUAUGCACAACAUAGAUAAUUUUAAACGGAAAAUGCGGGAGUUUGUGGCCGGCUCAAACACCAACAUGAUCUUCACAGAAGACCUUAAGAAUGUUGUUCAUCUGGUGGAGAACACCCCAGAAGACAAAAAGCUACUUCUAGAUAUGAUUGAUAAAUACAACUCACAAGGACAAGAACUGCGGUUCGGAAACUACAUUUUCGGUCCUGUGGUGAUGCGUGCUCUUUAUUUCCUCGAUGAUCCUGAGCUAGCCGUGAAACUCUUUAAGGAUGAAAAAUACAAAGGAUUUUUCGAUCAGCUUAGUACCUAUCAGAUUUUAGGUGAUCUCUUAUAUCAGCACGGACAGUACUCACAAGUUCGAGAACUUUUCGAUGUAAUCAAAACGCGCCAAGUAGACAGCGGUCGUUACCCGCGAUACUCAGUAACACUGACAUUUGCUGCGUGUUAUAAGGAAAAUAGCGAGGAAUCGUUCCAAUAUGCGAUGAGCUUGUGGAAAGAACUGAAUGCAAUGGGGCACACACCAAUGAGGAAAGCUAUUGCAUUUGCUGCGGCAUUGGCGCUAAAGCAUAAUAAACCAGAUAUUGCUUUGGAAAUUACAAGUUCACUAUCCCAAGCAAACUACGUAACCAUAAGACAAAUCAAGAUUUUGGCGCUUGUUGCGUUAGGACGUUUAGAUGACAUUGUUCCAAUCUUCCGAGCGGUUCUCGAAGUCGGAGGACCUCUGGAGAAAAAGCAGACAUUUUGCCGAGAAGUUAUUCAGCAACUUAAUAGCAGAAUAUCCUCCAAGGAUUCCGAGAUUCCGCAAGAUAUGCAAAGAAUGCUGGAGUAUUUGGAGACAAAUGGUCACAUAAACGAUAGUACUCUAGAUGAACUACUGUGUCAAGAUAUCGUAACUGCUCCUAGGAAAGAAACUUACAAUAACUUGGCGGAGAGUUAUAAAUCUAGAGGUGGUACACAGCAGUUGAGAUCUUUUGCACCUAAUAGAACGCAGAGAUCACGUUUCUCCCGUCCUGGGUUAGCAGAUAUGAAUUAAAAAAGGUAGAACAUCAUUAUAGUUAUAAUACAAGAUACAAUAAAAAAAUUUGUUUCGAAA